AUGUCAACAAAUAUAUGGAUAGCAGCAUCAGAUAAUAAAAUAGACCAAGUAAAACAAUUAAUAGAAUCAGGUCAAUUCACAUCAAAUUCAAAAGAUCCAAAUGGAUAUACACCAAUUCACGCAGCUGCUUCAUAUGGAAAUAUAGAUUUACUAAAAUACCUUAUAACAAAGGAAGGUGAUAUAAAUAUUCAAGAUAACGAAGGAGAUACUCCAUUACAUCAUGUUGAAGAUCUUACAACUGCUAAAUAUUUAGUAGAGGAAAUAAAAGCUGAUUACAAGAUAAAAAAUAAUGAUGGAUUAACUGCAAUGGAAUAUAUAGAAGAAGAAGAUGAAUUUCCCGAAGUUGCAAAUUAUUUAAAAUCAUUAAUUCAUGAUAAACCUACAAAUAAAGAAAUAGAAAAAGCAAAUGAUUUUUUACAAAGUCUACCUGAACCAGGUAAUGUAAAUGGUCAUGAGAUAAAAUAUAGUUUACAAACAGAUACUGAUGAAGCAAUAAGUGAAGAAGAACUUCAAAGAAGAAGGGAAAAAAUUGAGAAAAUAUUAGCUAGUGAGAAUCCUGAAGAAGGAUUAAGAGAAUUAGUUACUAAUGCUGUUCAUGAGGGUUUGUUACUGUAUCAACAGGAUUCUAAAGGUGAAUGUGAUGAUGAACAACCAAGUUUGAAAAAACAGAAAUGA